ACCGCAGAAUCAUACCAACCGGCCACCGCCGCGCUCGCCGCCGAGCAUGGUAAAUAGAGCUCCCCUCCGCUGCCGGGCGAAUACACCGCCGCCUCCCUCCUUCCCGUGCCGCCGCCUCCGCCGUCCACCAUGUCAUCUACCAGCAGGCUCGUUGCGCCGGCCUUCAACAAGAUCCUAUCCCUCCGCCGGCUCUCCUCGUCCUCCUCCUCAUCCCCGUUCGACCAUUCCGCCCCGAGCGCCGUCGCCCUCCUCUCCAGCCUCGUCCUCCAGGAGCAUACCCCCUCCUCUGCCGCGCUCUCCCUCAUACGCGCGCAGCCGAGCCUUGCCGACGAGCUAUAUGCCCUCAUCGCCGUGUCUGGGAAGUCCGACGCCCCCCUCACCCCUGGCUCCCUCGCUAUCCUCCACUCCCUCGCGGCAUGCCACCGUAUCCCUCCUUCCUCCGCGUCGCUCCUCUCCCAGCUCCUCGCGCGCUUCUCCUCUCCAGCCGACGCCGCGAGCUUCCUCCGCGACUCCCUCGCCGCGGGCGCGCCGGCGCCGGACGUCUACGCCUUCAAUUCGCUCCUCACCGCGCUAGGCCGCGCCGGCGACCUGCGCGGGAUGACCGAGCUGUUCACCUCCAUGCGGGGCGCGUCCGUCCAGCCCAACGUCGUCACUUACGGGAUACUUCUUAACGGUCUCUGCAAGGCAGGCCGCGUUGGGGAGGCGCUGAAGGUGCUCGACGGAAUGUCCAGGCCAGGCUCGGACGUCCGCCCGGAUAUUGUCAUUUUGAACACUGUAGUGGAUGGUCUGUGCAAGACUGGGAGGCUUCAGGAGGCAAUUAUGUUCGUGGAUGAGCGGAUGAGGCGCGUGCAUGGGUGUGCGCCCAACACGGUUACAUAUAACUGCUUGGCUGAUGCGUUUUGCCGAGUGGGGGAUGUUGGCAUGGCCUGCGAAGUGGUGGGCAGGAUGGAGAAAGAGGGUGUGCCACCGAAUGUUGUCACAAUGAACACGAUUGUUGGUGGUUUAUGCCGAGUUGGGAGGGUUGGAGCCGCUCUGGAGUUCUUCCACGAGAAGAGAACAGCUUGGCCGGAGACCAAGGGCAAUGCUAUGACCUAUAGCACUUUGGUUAGUGCUUUCCUCCACUGCAACAAUGUGGGUAUGGCCAUGGAGUUAUUCCAUGAGAUGGCGGACCAAGGGCAUCCACCAGAUGCAAUAAUGUACUUCACCAUGAUAUCUGGAUUGACACAAGCAAGACGGUUGGAGGAUGCUUGCACCAUGGCGUCAUCAAUGAAGAAGGCAGGCUUUAAGCUGGAUGCAAAGGCGUAUAACAUCUUGAUUGGUGGAUUUUGCCGGAAGAAAAGGUUGCGUGAGGCCUACGAGUUGCUUGCGGAGAUGAAAGGAGCUGGUCUUCAGCCAGACGUGUAUACCUACAAUACCUUGUUGUCUUGUUUGUGCAAAGCAGGAGAUUUCUUGGCGGUGGAUGAAUUAUUGGGGAAGAUGAUUGAUGAUGGCUGUCAGCCUUCUGUGGUCACUUUUGGUACACUUGUACAUGGAUACUGCAAAGCUGGUAAAAUUGAUGAGGCGUUAAGAAUUUUCAGGUCCAUGGAUGAGUCCGGAGUUCAGCCCAACACCGUAAUAUACAAUACUCUCAUUGACUUUCUCUGCAAGAGCAGAGAUGUUGAUUUAGCUAUCAAGCUGUUUGAUGAGAUGAGGGAAAACAAUGUGCCAGCAAACGUAACAACCUACAAUGCAUUGUUGAAGGGUCUUCAAGAUAAGAAUAUGCCAGAAAAGGCUUUUGAACUUAUGGACCAGAUGAGAGACGAGAGGUGCACUCCUGAUUAUGUGACUCUGGAUAUUCUCAUGGAAUGGCUCCCUGAAAUUGGUGAAACAGAGAGAUUAAAACCUUUCAUGCAGCAGUGGGAUCUAAAGGAUAACCAUGUGAGAGCACGGGGAGCUUAGUAGGCACCAUGAGUUCUGUCUUGCAUGUUGGGCCAUGAAUGGAGGCAUGAAUCUUGCGUUGGAUUAAUUAGAAUUUCAAUAUCUAUUUAAUUUGUCAUGGGAAACUCAGACUUGACUGUGCUGACACAAGAAUUUGAAAACCAUCUUCUAAAUCCUAGCUGGCCUUGGGAGAUGGAUCCGGACUACCAUGGUCAGAACUGGCUGUGUACAUUCGAUUUUAGGACUGUAAGGCAUACAAAAUUCAGAGGAAUCUUAUUCAGUAUAGUGGCAACUCAUCAGGAGAGCUGAUGUUGGCCUCCACCUGCGAUGCCUCCUCCAGCAAGACCUUGCUGCUGCGCAAGCAGCAGGCACAUCGGCAACAAGGUUCCGCCUAGCUGCACUGAGUUGGUAUGCUACCAGUACAUCACGGAUGGCACUCUCGAGUACUGGCUGAGCUCACUGCCGUGCAGUGUAUGGCUGGUGUAGAUGACCUGUACGGCUGUACAAGGUGCUGCCUGGAAGGGAGCCUGUAGACCUGGAGUCGCCGGAAGCACUUGCUCUUGGAGGUGAAGAUGCAGGUGGAGGAGCCUGUUUGGACUGGGAGCUCUUCAUUGUAACAAGAUUUUGGUGAAGUGAAUGUGUACUACCAUGGAGAUCUGUAUAAAGGGGCGUACUACCCAGUGCGAAAGCUCCCACACAAGGUGGGGUCUGGGCAAGGGAAUUCCUAGACAGCCUUACCCUUGCAAAAUUACUUUGAAAUUCUGCAAAGCAGAGAGUCUCUACCGCUGUGCGAGGUUUUCAAGAUGGCAUCUGAUCUCCUUCCUGCCCUCAAUCCUUGUGAAAGUUGUGUCCGUGUUUCAAGGGAAUUGAAAUACCAUAGCGACACUGGCGGUGGUACGCAUUUUGUCAGUCGAUGACAGCCACGUAUGUUGACUUGUUCCUGCCAGUUGUUUCUUCUACUGCUGGGAAGACAUGAGCUAUAGUACCAUGCCAAGCACAGAAGUCAGCAGAAACCAAGUUGGCAUGGCAGGGAAACCGUGUCCUCCUUGCAACUUCAGUGACCUGUUGCUGUGGCCGGUGUGAGUAACCUCGUCUCCUGGCUUUGCUAAUGUUGGUGAUUUUGAUGAUGUUGCUGCUAAGCAGAGAUGCCUAAGAAAAAUGAGGUAGGAGAAAACAACAGAGACGAGAGUUGAGCAAAUCACUUCCAAUUUUGCAGAUAUCUUCACCCGUACAGGGAGGUGGCAAGCUUAAAAAACCAAGGCCUCCCUUCGUUGGAACCGGAACAGAGUCCAGCCGACCGUGGCUGCGCUGAAGCCUGAAUUUCCUUGACAUCUACAGUCUGCCUGGGGCAUUUUCUCGGAGCUUAGUGCUCCCGAAUUGGGAGUUGGGACGAGGAUGGUAUUACAAUGCUGACCCUGAUGCUGGAAAUCGCCGUGCGGCGCUCGCAGCUGGAGGAAUUACUCACGGCACACCACGGACACGGAGGCAGGAGCAGGAGUCAGGACAGAGAGCCGUACAAGCCACAGCCUUGCAUCUCUCCUUUGAAGCGGUCGUAGGUUUUGUGUUGCCUAACAUGCAUGCAGCACCUGGUCAAAUCUCGCGCACCGGCAUGGGGGAAAACCAACCCACAUGAUCUCCGAGCCGUACCAGCUCGCAGGGAGGUGACAAGGCGCCAUUUCUUGGAGCCCGCAGGGAGGUGAAGGGAGCAGCUGGUGGCCGGUGCCUUUCAUGCCUACCUGCGACCAGCAGCUCCACGUCUCCGUCGCCGGGCGAAGCCGUGCAGCUACCACGCGCGACGGCGAGACGGGAACUCGCGGCACAUCACGUUGCUAGGACGGAUCGGAGAGUUGUGCAAGUCACGGCGGUCUCCUCCAUUCAUUCCCUCUCGCAGUCUUGCUUGAAGCGGUCGUAGGUUUGCGCUGCCUGCUUGCUUGACCCAGCUCGAUCGAUAAUCCGCGGUGGACGGUGGUUAGUGGUCAAAUAUCUCGUGCACGGGCACGGGGAAGAAAACGUCAAGUUAUCUGCCAAACGCCAAUGCACUAGUUUCUCGCAAGAAAAGAUUUUAAAGAAUGCCAGUGUAGGUAGUGGGUGCAGUCAUUGUUGUCUGUGGUAUAGCUCGCUCAGGAAUUGAACUCGACCUGGUACCGUGCUUCCCUGGAA